UUAAUUACAUUAACAGCUGAAUCUUGGUAAAGUUGUAGUCCAUUUUACCAAUGCAGUUUUCUAUUAUCAAAACAUACGUUUGUACAUAGAUUAUUUCUUGGUUUAAUUGUUCUUUUAUUUUAUUGUAAAUCAUUAAUAUUUUUUAAAGCAAUAAUUAGCAAUAAUGGCAUCAAGAUUUAGUGGAGCUCUUCAAAUAACAAAUUUAGAUGACUUUAUUACACCUUCACAGGAAUGUAUAAAACCUGUUGAUUAUAAAAAAUCUACGACCACAACUGGAGCCAAAAUAAAAAUAAAAGACGAUAAAGAGUAUGUAAAUAUCAAUCAGAAGAUACCAGAAAAAUUAGAAAAGGUUGAAAUAACUCUUGCUGAUUGUCUAGCCUGUAGUGGUUGCAUUACAUCAGCAGAAAGUGUUUUGGUGUCACAACAGAAUCAAGAUGAACUUUUACGUGUUUUUCAUGAAAAAAAGAACCAUGAAAGUUCAAAUGAAAGUGCAAAAUUCAUUGUUGUUAGUCUAUCAGUCCAACCAAUUUUAUCUAUUGCUGAAAGAUAUAACUUAGAUCCUGAAGACACUACUUUAAGGUUGGCUGGAUAUUUUAAAGAACUUGGAGCUGAUAUGGUAUUAGAUAUGACUGUAGCUGAUGAUCUAGCUCUUCUAGAAAGUGCUAAAGAGUUUGUCAAAAGGUAUAAUCAAUCUCAAGAAGGUCAAGAGAAACAAAUACCUAUGUUAGCAUCAGCAUGUCCUGGUUGGAUUUGCUAUGCUGAAAAAACUCAUGGAAAUUUUAUUCUGCCUUACAUCAGUACUACAAAAUCUCCUCAACAAAUAAUGGGAUCUUUAGUUAAAUAUCAUCUGGCAAAGAUGAAAAAUCUCUCUGCUGAAAACAUUUAUCACAUUACGUUAAUGCCAUGCUAUGAUAAAAAACUAGAAGCAUAUAGAGAAGAUUUUCAUAAUCAACUAAUAAAUACUAGGGAUGUUGAUUGUGUUAUAACUUCCAUUGAAUUAGAACAGAUGUUAGAAUAUGAAAAUAAAAAUUUACAAAACAUUGAUCCACAAAAAAUUGAUUAUCCUUUUGGAAUUCUCGAAUUAAACUCUGUAUCAAGAAAUGUUUGGGGACAUGAAGGAUCAGGUUCAGGUGGAUAUGCACAUUUCAUUCUAAACUACGCUGCUAGAAACAUCUUUGGGAUGUCGGAUAUAAAAUUACAAUUCAAAAAUUUAAAGAAUCCUGACUUUAAAGAAGCUGUUCUAGAAAGAAAUGGACAAAUUCUUCUGCAUUUUGCUAUAGCUAAUGGCUUCAGAAAUAUUCAAAAUCUCGUUCAAAAAUUAAAAAGAAACAAAUGUACUUAUCAUUAUGUUGAAAUUAUGGCUUGUCCAGCAGGAUGUUUAAAUGGAGGAGCCCAAAUAAGAUCACAAAAUGGACUUCAAUCGCGUCAACUAGCUUCAACAUUAGAAUCAAAGUAUCAAAAUCUUCCAAUAAUUGAGCCUGAAAGCAACAUUGUUGUAAAAACAUUGUAUGAUAGUUGGCUUGAUGGUGAAGAUUCAGAAAAGGCUUUUAAAUAUCUUUAUACUCAGUAUCAUGAAAUAGAAAAAAUGAAUAUUGCAUUGACAAUGAAAUGGUGAGACAUAGUGUUUUAUUUAUAAUUUAAGCUGUAAAUGGAUCCAUAUUAAUAAUUGAUUUAAUUACAUAGAAUAAAAAUAAACUUUACAAAAAAAUAUAUAAAUAUUUUAAUAACCAUAGAGAU